UCGAGUUCACGACAUAAAAAUUUUUUUAACUUCAAAAGUUUGACUUGUUAAAUACCAAUUAGUGACUUAAUAACGAAGCAAAUAGGAGAAAAUGGUUAAAUAUACUGAGGAACAAUUGUUGGGAUUUAAAGAGGAGGCACAUGUUCCCCAGCCCCAAAUUUUGGAGGCAUUCAACAAGACCAUUGAUGAAGUAAAAGAACAUGCUGCUGCAGAAGCAGAAAGACAUAAGGCAAUUAAAUGGAAUAAUGGUGAUACAUAUAUUGAUGAAAAGGGUAAUGAAAGACCAUAUCAUCAUUUAAAUAGAAGAAGAGCCUCAAGAACUGGCAAUAAACCUAAUUUAAGAAAAAAGAGUGUUGAUGUUCAAGUUGAUGAAGAUGGAUGGGCCACAUUAUCAACUAAAGCAAAAAAAUCUUUUGGAGCUGAAGAUGGUAAUGAAGAAAGAAGUAAAUUUAGAGAAUCUUUAAGAGAUACUGCUCCUGUUAAGGCUAGACCAAACAAUAAAAAUUUAGGAUCCAGUAAACCAGCUGAUCCAAGAGAAGUUACAGAUAAACAUACUAAUGCCUUUAAUGCAUUUGCUGCUUUAGGUGAUGAUGAUGAUGAAGAAGAUGAAGAUGAAGAAGAUGCUGAUGAUGAUGACCUUUAAUUUAUUUAGACAAUUUCAAUUUCAAUUUCAAUUUCAAUUUUAAGUUCAAUUUCAUUCUUCUUUGUAAUUUGCGAUGAUUAUAUCCAAUCAAUUUAUGGUGACAUGUAUAUACCUUCUCUCCGUAUACUUUUGGUCAUUACUGUAUAUUAUAUAGGGAAUCUUUCCUCAAUUAAUGCUUAUAGCUUAUUAUGAGAUCACAC